UAAGCGUACUUAUUUUGAUGACAGGGAGAGCCGCGCGCAGUGGCUGAAACUUUAAUAGUCUCGUAAAUACGGCAAAGACGACGAGAAAAAAAUAGCGCAGUCAGUUGCCUGCAGUCCACUGUCUGGGAAGAUUCACUUCAUAUGGAUCAAGCUUUCGAUAGUACAGGCCACAUCUGAGAAUCCCCAACACAGAGCUGUGCAAUUUGCUUCGAAGAAAGGAUGGAAGUAAUGGAUACCAUUAAAAGCACGGACAUCAUGCCGCUGCCCUUUUUUUACUUAAAACUAAGCGGCGCUUGGAAGCCCUCGAGUUGGCCAAGUUAUUUGAGAUUGAUCUACGACUCGUACACGAUACUGAUGACGUUUUUCAUAAUGAAAGUGAUCAUCGUCACCGAAAUUUUGUACGUCAUCUUUGCCGAAGAAAAUCAGUCGAAAGUACUGAAGGACAACGUAUACAUAAUAUGCACGUUCAUAAACGGCUGGUUCAAAAUGUUUAACUUGAUCUGCAGGCGCAAGAAUAUCGCGAAUCUGGUGAAGGGCUGCAUCGCGAAACAAUGGAAUCCGCCAAGGGAUAACUACGAAUCAUCGGUGCUUGCCGCAACGAAACAAACGUCAAGGAAAAUAACUUUAGCGCACGCAUCCGUCGUCGGCUCGUGUGUAGUAUCCACACUGUUGAAUUCGGUUUUAUCCUCGCCGCCGUUUUUGCCCGUAGACGCUUGGUACCCUUGUAACAUUACUUUGCCGAUCUGCUUCUGGACCUCGUUUGUGCACCAGUCGAUAGGCUACACAGUCACUGCAAUUGUCCACGUGGCUAACGACAACAUUGUCGUUGGUUUCAUGAUGCAAAUUUGCGCGCAGUUGAAUGUUCUAAAUCGCCGACUGCUGUUGGUUCACGUCGAAGUUGAGAAGGCAGCGCGUCAGCAGAAAGAUCAAAGCCAGAUUACGUCUCUGGAGACGACGCUUGUUAACGACUGCAUCGUUAAUUACAGAGAUAUUCUGAAGCAAGUAUUCGCCGAACAGUUAAGCGAGACAUUCAUCGAGACGAUUUUUAUACAAUUUUGCGCGGGACUUUCAGUGAUUUGCACGAGCGUCUACGUACUCACCACGCUGAACAUUUUUAGUUUCGAAUUUUUCGGAAUGUUCCUGUAUCUUUGGUGCAUGUUGGGUCAAAUGUUUCUGUACUGCUGGUUCGGUAACGAGGUGGUAUUAAAUAGUUCGAAGCUCUUCCACUCGAUCUAUAAUAUGGAUUGGAUCAAACUGCAGAGUCAGACGCAAACGAAAUUGUUGUUCAUGAUGCUCGUGGCUUCGUCCCCUAUUCAAUUGUUUCGAGGUGCUAUCAUCCGAGUGAAUUUGGAUGCUUUCAUCAACAUCCUCAAGUUUUCUUACUCGGCGUUCAAUAUUCUACACUGAAGUCUUCGCGAGAUUGAAAUUAAGUAAGCCUGAUAAUUUCGAGCAAAAAGCUGUUGAUAGAUUUGUAUACAGAGAACAUUUCCUAAUAAAAAUAAACUAUAAGUCAGUCGCAGUAGCGCCAAGCCACA